AAUAUAAGAAAUUGUGUAACAGCAGGUGACAGUGGACACACUACAGCAUUAGCUACAUUGUCAUUAAUUGCAAAACUCGAAUGACAUGGUUGAACUGAGGAUACACCAGGACUCAAAGCAAAAAGUCCUGCGGAUCACGGAAAGGCCACAACUUCGGUUUAAAAGCCUUCAGUUGUGAUAUUCAACGGAAUACGCUACAUUUCGCAAGCCUUCCGAUUCGCGAUGCGGGUGUUUGAGCUAAUGCGCAGAAGCAUCACAACGUGUUUUGAGGAAAAGGUCACGAACUCUGACCCUGCCUGAAGCAGGAGCAAAAGACAGAAAAAUAACAUUAAUUUAUUACCUAUACAAACAGCGUACAACAAGCAGAGCAGGUAAGACAAAUGAAUUGUGCGCGAAAGCUGCCAUGAAAAAACACGUCAUGCAUCACAUAAUGAAGAAUACAUUUGCCAAGCCAGCAGCCCGAGGGGAAGCUGCCAUUAGCUAACGUAGCUAGUUCGUAGACUUUGCUAUUGAUUCCGGACCAAGAGUGCACCAAAACCGUUUGAUGUGCCUCCUUGGGGCUUUGAUGUGAGCAGCAGCAGAAGGAAACAGAAUCAGCGUCAUGGACAGACAGACUCAGAGGAUUCAGCUGGUGUCAGCUGAUGGUGGCAUGAUGGGACACCGUAUCCAGAUUGUGACAGACCAGUCCACGGGCCAGAAGAUCCAGAUCGUCACUGCAUUGGAGCAGGGUUCUGGUGGGAAGCAGCAGUUCAUCCUGGCUAACGCAGACUACUCCACGGCAGGCAAGGUAAUCCUAGCCAAACAAGAGGCCUCGUCCCCAGGCAAGGUGAUCCUGGCGGCCCCAGACGGUUCAGGGGUAAAUCAGCUGCUGUUUGCCUCCCCUGACCUGGCUGGCCAGCAGAUCCAGUUUGUGACGGAAGGGUCAGACCAGGCCCUUUCCAAGCCCGUGGUGGAGUACUGUGUGGUGUGUGGAGACAAGGCCUCAGGUCGUCACUAUGGGGCAGUGAGCUGUGAGGGCUGUAAGGGUUUCUUCAAGCGCAGCAUCAGGAAGAACCUGGUUUAUACAUGCAGGGGGUCCGGAGAGUGUGUCAUCAACAAGCACCACAGGAACCGCUGCCAAUACUGCAGACUUCAGCGCUGCAUGGUCCUGGGCAUGAAACAGGACUCCGUUCAGUGUGAGAGGAAGCCGGUGGAGGUAUCCAGAGAGAAGUCUAUCAAUUGUGCUGCAUCUACGGAGAAGAUCUACAUCAGGAAGAACCUGUGUAGUCCUCUGGCUGCCACGCCCACCUUCGUCACCGACAAGGAAACCGCCAGGUACUACAAGGAGACAGCCAGAUCAACCAGUUUGCUGGAGUCGAGCAUGCUCCUCAACAUCCAGCAGCCAUUCCCCAAGCUGGAGAACACCAUCCUGCUCCCGACAUCCCCUGAAUCGAAUGACCCAUGUCAGGGUGACCUGAGCACCCUGGCCAACGUGGUGACAUCACUGGCUCACCUGAACAAGGCCCGGGAGAUGAGCGACAUUACAGACGGCAAUGACCUAAUGGGUGUGGACGACACCCUUAGCAACGGAGACAGCUCAAUGACGGAUCUCCAAGGAGACGAACAGACCGCCAGUGACAUUACGCGAGCGUUUGACACCCUGGCCAAGGCCUUGAAUCCUGGUGAUGGCUCAGCGGGAGACUCUCUGGAGGCCACGUUGCAGUUGAUGUCAGGGGACCAGUCAGGCCCUGUGGUGGAGCUGGAGGGGCCCCUUCUCUCAGACAGCCACGUCCCUUUCAAGUUGAUGAUGCCUUUGCCCAUGCCUGAGUACCUAAACGUGAACUACAUCUGUGAGUCGGCCUCAAGACUCCUCUUCCUGUCCAUGCACUGGGCGCGCUCCAUACCUGCCUUUCAAGCCUUGGGUGGUCUCGAUAAUGACAUUAACCUGAUGAAGGCUUGUUGGAACGAGCUGUUUGCUCUGGGCCUGGCUCAGUGCGCCAACGUUAUGAAUGUCGCCACCAUCCUGGCUGCCAUCAUCAACCACUUGCAAACCAGCCUACAAGAAGAGAAGCUGUCCCCAGAGCGAGUGAAGCUGGUGAUGGAACACAUCUGGAGGAUGCAGGAGUUCUGUAACAGCAUGGCCAAACUGUCCCCUGACUCGUAUGAAUACGCCUACCUCAAAGCCAUCGUCCUCUUUAGCCCUGACCACCCAGGCAUUGACAACACCUUACAGAUCGAGCGGUUCCAGGAGAAGGCUUACAUGGAGCUACAGGACUAUGUUACCAGGACCUACCCAGAAGACUCCUAUCGGUUAUCCAAACUGCUGCUGCGUCUCCCGGCCCUGCGGCUGAUGAGUGCAGCGGUGACAGAGGAGCUGUUCUUCGCUGGCCUCAUCGGCAACGUGCAGAUAGACAGCAUCAUCCCGUACAUCCUCAAGAUGGAGUCCACUGACUACAACAGCCAGGUGGCCACUGGAGUCUGACCUUUUGACCUGACCCACUCCGACCUGGUCGCCACAGCAGCCUAGAAGCGUCUCCUGGUCACCAUGGCAACUUCACCUGCAGGCCAAACUGUAGGGCUGUAGGCGAGCUUCCAAGGUAAAAAUACAGGGUCGUGUUCAUUAGGGCACACCAUUAGCAAAAAAAAAGCAUCUGUGGGAAGUUCAGAUCGUGCCUCCAUGUUUUCUUUUUUUUCCCGCUCCAUUUUGGACGGUUUUCUUUCCGUUUCGUACCUACUGAACACAACCCAGGUUGGCAGCAUUGCUGUGUGUCCACCUCCCUAAACAGAAUCUGAAGGUUUUCUCAAUGGAAUCAGAUGACCUUCAAUGCUGAAACAAUCCUCUUCUUUGACAACCUGAUUAUAGCUCAAGAAGGAAGACUAUGUAGUCCACACACACACACAUACAGCCGCCACGCCUAAUGUUAUCCUCAGCUUCAACAAAUGAACUUUGAGUGAGUCAAUCAAGCUUUGUAAAUUGUGCUCUUUAGUAAUGUACAGUACAUUUACAUAUGUAGGAUAAAUGUUGUUGCUGAGAAUUUUCCUGCACAACAGGAAAUGCAAACUUGUGUAUUCAGGGUUUAAAAAGGCUUCUGAAGUUUGUACUUUCCGCUUUAAAAUGUCCGACUUGAUUUGCCUUGACAGCAUUUAAAAAAAAUCAACCCCUACAGAUUUAUUUUGUCCACAUUAUUCACAUUUCCUGUUUCAGCCGGAUUAUUUUCCUGCUGUUGCAAACUGGCUCAAAUUAAGAUCCUUCAUCUGUGUUCUUUAUAUCCCUUCAUUUUGUGCUUCUGAUCUUGUUUGUAUUUUGAUGAACGGACAGAGGAGCUGUUUUACUUUUUCCGAGUGCCCGCCUCAUCUAGUUUCAACAUGCACUUGUAUUAUUUUCCCCCCCAAAAUUGGAGAAACUUUUUGUCAAUGUUGGUUUGCCAUGAUGUGAUCAGUUAAGGUUAUAACCUUUAUGGUAUUUGUUUGCUAAUCCGAAGGAAAAGGCUUGUAUCAUGAGUCAACUCUUGUCUAACUUGGAACUCAAAGUAUCAUGUAUGUGUAAAUAUGUAUAUAGAAAUAUGUGGAGAAAAAGCUAUCAUGGACAAAAGAUGCUUAUUACAAGAAUUUUCAGCUUUUUGACAUGUAAAUGUAGUUGCUAAAACAAUUGUCAAGUCAUUUUAAAAUAAAAUGACAUUUCAAUGGUCAA